ACUUAACAUCAAACUCGAGUCAAAUACACAGUCACACAUUUCAACUACUUCUUCGCCGGUCUAUCUAGAAUCUUCUUUGGUUUUUACAAAACCCCUUCUGCUUUCUUUUGGGAUCCAAACCCAGAUAGUGUAUUGUUGAUAACUGAUUUGGAAAAUGGAGCAAGUGCAUGAGGAACAUCAAGAUCAACAUCAAUCAGCUGUUCAAGAUGGUGAACCUGAAAUUGUAACUGAAGGGGCCUCUUUUGUGCAUGGAGAACCUCCACAAGAUGGCAGUGGCCCUCCAAAAGUUGAUUCCCAAGUGGAAGUCCUCCAUGAGAAAGUGACCAAGCAGGUUAUCAAGGAAGGCCAUGGUCAGAAGCCAUCAAAAUAUUCGACAUGCUUUGUGCACUAUAGAGCCUGGACUGAAAUCACCCAGCACAAGUUUGAAGACACUUGGCAUGAACAACAAUUACUUGAGCUGAUCCUAGGCAAAGAGAAAAAAGAAAUGACAGGAUUAGCAAUUGGUGUGUCCAACAUGAAAUCUGGCGAACGUGCUCUUUUACAUGUGGGUUGGGAAUUAGGAUAUGGAAAAGAAGGAAACUUCUCCUUCCCAAAUGUUCCUCCCAUGGCCGAUAUCAUAUAUGAAGUUGAGCUCAUUGGAUUUGACGAAGUCAAAGAAGGUAAGGCUCGUAGUGACAUGACAGUAGAAGAGCGAAUUAGUUCUGCGGAUAGAAGAAAAAUGGAUGGCAAUGCUUUAUUUAAAGAGGAAAAACUGGAGGAGGCUAUCCAACAAUAUGAAAUGGCCAUAGCGUAUAUGGGUGAUGACUUUAUGUUCCAGUUGUUCGGCAAAUACCAGGACAUGGCUAUGGCAGUGAAAAACCCUUGUCACCUAAACAUGGCAGCAUGUAUGAUAAAGCUUAAGCGUUAUGAAGAAGCUAUCGAGCAUUGCAGCAUUGUAUUGGCCGAGGACAAGGAGAAUGUAAAAGCACUGUUUAGGCGAGGAAAGGCUAAAGCAGAACUUGGACAGACUGAUGCAGCUCGAGAAGACUUCCUUAAGGCAGGAAAAUAUGCUCCUGGUGACAAAGCAAUAGCAAAGGAGUUAAGAUUGCUUGCUGAGCAUGACAAGGCUGUGUAUAGUAAGCAAAAGGAGCUUUACAAAGGAUUGUUUGGACCACCGCCACAGCCUAAACCGAAGAACACUAAUAGGCUAAUCCUACUUUGGCAAUGGCUUGUAGCAUUUUUGUAUCGCCUUUUCAGACGGGAAAGACAAAAGACGGACUAAAGUACCGUUGCGGCAGGUAGACUUGUUCUUUAUGUAUUCUUAUUGUACUCCUGAGAUAACUACAACAAUACAAUAGUCUUCUUUACAGCAUACCAAAAUGUUGUCUGGCAAUGCUACUGCUAUAACUUUCUGAAUAGCAUCAUAAAUCAUUAUAUUUGCAGGGACUAAAAUUCUUUCUUGCUUCUGAUUUUCCA